UCCUCUCCAGAGCCAGUUCUUCCUUUCUUACUCCUGUGGUAUCUAAAGACAGCCCCUCAGAACCACUUUUCUUUUUUUUCCUGGCCUGUGCUGUCUCUUGAGAUCCUUUACUUAUGUCUCAGUACCUCCUUAAGCCUCUAUGUUUGUAGUUACUGAGAAGUUAUAUGCAAUAGUCCAUUUCAGUAGUUAGUGGGACUCCUCUCCCUGGAAGACCUACCAUGACAGCAACCUCCUUGAUACAUGGAGAACUUGAGGGGGAACUUCAUCAUUAGUGAGCAGAGAGCAUGGUGUAGUAAACAUCUAUUGAUGCAUAACAAAUUACCCUUAAAACUUAGUGGCUGAAAAUAACAAACAUUAUCUCCAGAUUCCAGAGUGGCUUAGCUGGGUGUUUCUGGCUCAAGGUCUUUCAAGAGUUUGCAGUUAAGAUGUUGAUCAGGGCUUCAUUAUCUGAAGGCUUAGCUAAGGCUGAAGGAUCUGCUUUAAAGCUUACACAUGUGGAUGUUAGCAGGUCUUAUUUUUUAGUCACAUGGGCCUCUCCACAGGGCUGCUCACAAUAUGGCAGCUAGCUUUCCCCAGAGUCAGUGACAGCAAAGAGAGAGAGAGAGCAUCAGCGUGUGCGCAACCAAGAUGGAAGCCCUAAACUAAUCUUGGAAGUAACAUACCCUCAUUUCUCACAGCAUUACACCAACCCUAGCAUGACGUAGGAGGGGAUUACACAAGGGUGUGAAUACCAAGAGGCAGGGAUCAGUGGGACAUCUUAGAGACUGAUUACCAUACUCAGGCAACGUCUAGGGGUGAGAGGAGCAGCCACACUUCUAUGUUUGCGUCUUAAUUUACAUGAAUGGCACCCACUGAUACUUUGCAGUGUACAAAAUAUACGAUCAUACAUAGUGGUCCAGGUAGCAGUUCCUGAACAAAUGGGGAAGUCAGGGGAAUUUGUCCCCAGUACACUUCUAUUCCCUGCUAGAAUUUCAUUUAUUUAUUUAUGAAACAAACAUUUUUUUAAAGCACCUGGUUGUACCUUUGCGUUGGUACUGAACUAGGUAGGUAAUGGGGUUGCAGUUCUAUUGGAGUUUCAAUUUUCCUACACCACUGUUGCCCUUAAGUAUCCAAAACAUUCGCAGUGACUACAACCUCCCUCAAGCCAGAGAGUAUGCAACAGAUCAUUGUUUUCUAUCCCAUUCUUUGGAAAACCUGAGCUAAUAUGAUGUUUCUUUCAAAGGGUAUAAUAUAAAUAUGUAAUAACCCCUGAUAAUUGGGUGCCUAACAAGAACAGAAGUUGCCUAAACAAGUAGCAGGGCUCUACCAGUAUAAUGCUUCUGCUCAAAUUCAGCCCAGUUCCCCUGAGAGAGGUCUUUUCUAUCACCCAUCCAGUCAAACUGGAAAACUAACUGUGGCUCUACUUAUUCACGAAGUUGGCAGUAACAACAUUUUAAGAAGGACCCUUCAAAAAACAUUCCAAUUUGCCAGUUGCGGGGGGAAAAAAUGUAGGCUCUAAAUUAAUGAUCAGAAAUAAGAAAUGUAAGAAAGGAGUGAGUUCAUGACGACAGACUGAUGGACCAGAGCAGAAAAUAUAAGGAAGAUGAGCUAUUUGUCUUGGAGACCAAGUUUGCACCGCAGAAGAGAGAAAUAGAGAAAAUCAAAUAAAUAUUUAUGUCUGUAACACCAGACUCAUGGUAAAGUGUCCUUAAGUUCACAGACUCCAGAGCCAAACUGCUGAUUUCAAGUCCCAGCUCUGCUCCUCACUAGCUAUGUGACUGUAGGUGAGUGACUUAAUCCCUCCGUACCUCAGUAUUCUCAUCUGUACAGUGGGGCUGAUUGGAUAAAACCAACCUGUGUGGUGGUUGUGACCUAGUAUAACUAAAGUGCUUAGCAUGCUGCCUAGCACAAAUUAAGAACACGGUAAGUACUAAUUAUUGAAGAAAUUAGAAACAAUACCUAUUGUGUCAUCAACUGAAAGAGACCAAUUUCUUUCACUCGGUCAUUAUCUAUUGAAUAUAUACAGCACUGAACCCCAGACGACGAAAUCCUUUUUCUCAAGGUGCUUCUACGUGGGAGGGCUGGGAGAGUGAGGAAAAAGAAAGCAGAAGAAGGGGGAAACUAAUAAAUAAGUAAAAAAAUGUAUUAUGUCAGGUGGUGAUCAUGGAGAAAAAGCAGAGGAUGUGGAUAGGAAGUUCUGGGGGAGGAGUGGGAGGAAAGAAUGUUCUAGAGAUAGGAAAUAGUAAGUACACAGGUCUUGAGGCUGAGGAAUGCUUGGUGUGUCCAUAACUGCAAGGCCGGUGUGGCUGGAAGGAGACGAGGAUGGAGUGAAAUCGUACAGCUUGAGGUCAGGGGAAUCCUGGCUGGGAAUGGUGGGCACAUCAUGCAGGCCAUGUAUCCAUAUUUUGCACUUUGGCUGUUGCUCUAUGAUGGGAAGCCACUGGAAUUUUUGAGAAGAAGAGAGACAUAAUCUAAUCUUUGUUUUUAAGGACAGUCGGCUGUGUGUAGGUGUUGGGGAGGGAGGAGGCAGAGAGUGGGAGGUAGAAAGAUCAGGUAGGAGAUAAUUAUUGAGAGAUGAUGCUUUAGACCAGGACAUUAGCAGUGGGGAGGGGAGUGAGAUGGAGUGGACAUUUUCACCAUGUAUUUGUGAAAACAGAGUCAACAGAAUUUGCUGACGAAUGUGAUGCUGAGUGUACAACAGAGAAGGUUCAGACAUAGGGAAGUUCUGAGGACAAGGAUUUUUUUCUUUUAUUCAAUGUCAUAUAUCUACCACCUAGACAGUGCCUGGUAUCAAUAAAUAUUCCUUGAAUAAAUGAAAAGGGUAACUGAUUUGUAUUAAACCCAUUUUGAACUUAGUAAAUAGCAGUUAAAACAUCUACAGUCAAAUGAAGUACUGUAGCAACCAUAAUUUCAGCAAUUAAGCAGUGAAAGGUCUUCCAAUCCUUUCCUCCACAAAGAUAGAAGUUAACUUUGCUGCAUCCCUGGACACCCCGUUGCCAACGACCCAGCAUUCCGUUGGUAAGUGAGGCUGGAGGUGGGGGUGGGAGAAAUUUCGUGGAAGCUAAGUUUGCAAAGCAGGUACGUAUUUUUUUUUUUUUUAAACGGUUAUUUGGGAUGACGAGUACAACGGAACCUAAUGUUCCCUCAUGCCACCUACAGCACUGCUACUGUUCCCAUAUCCUUCAACUGGGCAUGAAGGCAGCUUCCCACUCACUCUGACAGUGGUGCACCCUGUACCCCCACCCCUCUCUUCAAUACCCCAGGGCUAAACGGCCCGAAGCUCCUCUCUACCGGCUGGUGCGCAUUCUGGGCCAGGGCGAGCCAAAAGGCAGAAGGGCCUUCGUGCUGCAGUGUCUGGUGAAGAGUCAGGCUUAGCCUGGAAGAACUUUCCAGGCCAACGUGAAGUUUUCCUGUCUUGGGUACAUGCGAGCCCCACGCGUCUGCGAGUUUGGGUUAGUGUGUCAACAGGGUCAGUCCCCGUAUCUACUUUGCGAAAGCUUCGAGGCGAGCGUGAAGUCAAGGGCUGCGGUGGAUGGGGGUAAAAGGCCUCCUCGUCCCACUGCCUGCACCGUCUUGGGGUAACCCCUAACCCCCAGCCGGCGUUUCCCUUUAAUGCGCGUGCCCGGCAAGGUCCUCGCGUCCCCGCCCCUCAAGCCACCCCGUCAGCCUCGGUUUCCCCCACUUCUCCCCGUCCUUGUCGUUCCUUCCCCGUGGGACGCCCCUCGCUCACCCCCGUCAGAGCCCGGUCUGCGCGCGGGACCCAGCUGUCACUUUACUUUUCCUCGCCGCCUCCCCACCCCCUCUCCCGACCGGCGGGGCAGCCCGCCCGGGCGCGCGCCCGCCCCCGCCCCCUCGCGGCCGCGCGCCGGAGGAGGAGGGGCGGGGGGAGGAGGGAGGCGCGCGGCGCCGCAUGGCCGACGUGGGGCUCGCGCUCUCGCGGUCUCUCCCGGGCGGGCGCGCAGGCACGCGCACUCGCGGGUGCGCGCGCGGACGGCCGGGCGGCGGCGGCUCCCGGAGGUGGUGGCUUCACUUUCCAGGACUCAGGGGCAGCCACAGCGACAGCCGCGGCAGCAGCCUCAGGAGCCGGAGCUGGAACGGCCGGGGGCGGCGGCAGCGGCGGCGCUGAGGGAUCUAAAAUGUCCACUGAGGCACAAAGAGUUGAUGACAGUCCAAGCACUAGUGGAGGAAGUUCCGAUGGAGAUCAACGUGAAAGUGUUCAGCAAGAACCAGAAAGAGAACAAGUUCAGCCCAAGAAAAAGGAGGGAAAAAUAUCCAGCAAAACCGCUGCUAAAUUGUCAACUAGUGCUAAAAGAAUUCAGAAGGAACUUGCAGAAAUCACAUUGGACCCUCCUCCCAACUGUAGGAAUGAGGCACCAACACCAGUGGGAGAGUUGUAGAUUCCUUAGAAAUUCUGCUUAUAUAAUCUCUCCGAGUUGCGUCCCUAAAGGAUCCUGCUGCAAGAAACGAGUGAAUGAAUGAAGAUAUUGAGAAUUAAAGUACUGAUGUUAAUGAGAGCAUGGGUGAUGUGGUUUGGAUUGCUUGAGGCCAGGAGAUUGAAACUAGCCUGGGCAACAUAGUGAGACAAACCUUGUUUCAAAAAAAAUAAUAUAUAUAUAUACACAUACACACACUAAGUGAGGUGGUGUGUGCUUGUAGUCCUAGCUGCUUGGAAGGCUGAGAUGGGAGGAUUGUGCCCAGGUGACAGAGCGAGACCCAGUCUGUAUUUAAAAAAAAAAAAUUAGAUGUUGUAUACUUAGCACAUAAGUGAUCAUUAAAUGUUUGAUGAAUGAAUUAAUGAGGAAAGAUUUUUUUUUUUGAAAAAGAAGUUUUAUGAGGAGAGAAAACAUUGCAUAUGUAAGGCAUUAUCCUCAAUUCCAUUGUGGACUCUCCCCCAGGUGUGCAGCCUUGAAUGAUGGAAAUAUCCUCAUGAGAUUCUGAAAGAGGAGGAAACGAAUUUUGCCCUUAAAUAGGUGUCAGUACAGCUGCACUUAUUUGCACAUUUCUAGUUCUGCCUCUGACUAGAGGUCAAUUGUGAUGACUUUGAAUUUGUAGACCAUCUGCCUGUCAGUGCACUUAAAAUUGGAACUGAUCUUUAUAAGCUGAGUAUAACUAUUAUUGUAGCAAACAGCAAAUUAAGUGAGUAUACACUGGAAAGAGUUAGGUUCAUACCUCCUUGAAGACUGUGAGUUGUUCUUUAUUUGGACACCUGGUAUUAAACUCUUAUUGGUUAUUAAUAUUUGGGACAGGUUAAUGAAGACAGUAUUUUACAGAAUAUAGCAGUUUUCAUUAUAAUAGAUUCAAUACAACAACUUUUUGUGUGUUUAUAAUUUUGUUACUUAUUAUUUACCAUAAGUGGUUUAAAAUAUACGUGGCAAAACAUUCUUUAGACCUUUGAUUGCAAUAAUUAUCACAUAACCAACACCUCUUAAGUAUUACGUACUUAAGAAGGAACUUGAACUUUAUCUUAACACAAUAGCAUUGACAAAUUACUCACAAAAUUAGUAGUUGUGGAAGAAAAUAGGUAUAGGAAGAGUAAGUCACUGAUAUUGAGUAAAUUAAAGUUAUAGACAUUAAAUUACAGACAGUAAAAUUAUAGAAGCACUAAAUAGAUAAAUUGAUUUUUUUAAUGUCAUGUUAAGCAUUUAAAUUGCCUUUACAAAAUAUUCUUCACAGUCCUUGGAGAAAUUGCUGCUGUAUAUUUGAUUAAUAUGUGAACAACAUUUUUAUUGUUAAAAUAUUUUCUUCAUUCCUUUCAAAUUUGUAUUUAAGGUUAGCAGAGCCUCAAGCAGUGCCUGAGUAGGAAAGUGAUAAACUGACACCACACUGUAGAGGAGGAAGAAAAACAUCUCACCAACGGCAGACAGCAGAAACUAACGGUUUUCAACUGUUGCAGAAACUAACGGUUUUCAACUGUUGCUGAUCUAAUCGAUCAUGGUGCUAUGAUAUAAUCAGUUCUGUGUGAUUCGUUUGUUGUUCUACUGGAAUGCAUUGUAUUCCCUUCUUAUUUUUAAGCCCCCCUACUUCUAGUUUUCGCCUUUCUUAAAAGGCAAUUUCUAACAUUGUGUUUCUUUUAAAGCCAAUAAGUAAUUGUGAAGGACAAACUCAGAGCCUGUUGAAUUUCAACAAAAGUUAAGUAUUUUGUAGGACAUACAACAAUAGUAUUCUUUAAUUAAAAUACUGAGCCAUAUGAAAAUUUGUCCAACAUUUGGUAAAUGCCCUUAGUUGAAUCAUUAAUAUCCUAGAAUAGUAAAAGAUUAGUACCUUUUAUCUCUAGUCUACUGGGUACAGAUUUUGCUUUCAGAUACUAUCAUCACAUCAUCACACACAGGUUGAAGAUGACAUUUUCUCACCUGUUAAGGCAUGACUUUCAGUAAAAUGCAUUUAGCUGUCAGAGGUCUGCAAGCAGUCCAUCAGUUGAGACAUGAUGCUGUUUUGACUGAUAUUGGUGACAUUUUAAAAGCUACACAAAAAUUCAUAAUUAUAAAAGUGUUCACUAUUUCACUAAAGACUGUGUAAUGCAUUGCAUAUUAAUUAAUAAGAUGUUCUCUUUUAAAUGCUAUCCCUAAAAUGUACUUAAUGUUACUUUCCAUUACCAUGCAUAAACUUUUAACCAUUUAUUCAUGCCAUUAGAAAAAUGUAGACUUUUCCUUUCUUUUCGGUAUGUUCCUUUUACUUUUCUACUCAUUAUAGAGUCAUGAACACUAUGGAAAAACACACUUUGUUGAUUCUUUGUGAUGUUUUUGAAAACUUCGUUCAUAUAUGAAAACUUCUAAUUCACCUUGCUUUCUGAAGGAGAAGACUAAGUUACAUAUGAGCCCUGUUUUGAGUAAUGUAUUACUAUUAGUAUUACAGUAUGAAAGAUUUAUAAUCAGAAGCCCCUUUCCCUUGAAGUGGAAUUAUUCUCUAUGGCCAUUAGUACUUAGGGUGAUAUACUAUCUUCAAUGCUAUCCUGUGCCUUUCCAUUUUUGUCAUGCUACUUCCCUCUCUUUACAUCCCUGCCCACCUCCACUUUCUGCUGUUAAGAAUAGUCCAUAGGGACUGUAAACUAGUUCAACCAUUGUGGAAGACAGUGUGGCAAUUUCUCAAGGAUCUAAAACUAGAAAUACAUUUGACCCAGCCAUCCCAUUACUGGGUGUAUACCCAAAGGAUUAUAAAUCAUGCUGCUACAAAGACACAUGCACACAUAUGUUUAUUGUGGCACUAUUCGCAGUAGCAGAGACUUGGAACCAACCCAAAUGUCCAUCAAUAAUAGACUGAAUUAAGAAAAUGUGGCACAUAUACACCACGGAAUACUAUGCAGCCAUAAAAAAGGAAGAGUUCAUGUCCUUUGCAGGGACAUGGAUGAAGCUGGAAACCCUCAUUCUAAGCAAACUAUCACAAGGAGAGAAAACCAAACACCACGUGUUCUCACUUAUAAGUGGGAGUUGAACAAUGAGAACACAUGGACACAGGGAGGGGAAUAUCACACACUGGGGCCUGUUGUGGGGUGGGGGCCUGGGGGAGGGACAGCAUUAGGAGAAAUCCCUGAUGUAAAUGAUGAGUUGAUGGGUGCGGCAAACCAACAUGGCACAUGUAUACCUAUGUAACAAACCUGCACAUUGUGCACAUGUACCCUAAAACUUAAAGUAUAAUAAUAAAUAAAUUACAUUUCUUGCAACGUAUUUAUCAGCUACAAAA